AUGCCAGGAGCCCCGCCGCCGUUCGCGCGCCAGGCUUGGGCCACCGAGACGUCAGAGUUGGGCGACUCGCUGGGCGACACGCUGGGCGACACGCUGGACGACACGUUGGACGACACGUUAGGUGACGUGCAUGAGGGUUCACCGGAGUAUUCCCAACCAGCUAUAGGAGAAAGCUCACAGAGCCUGGACUCUGGCUCAGAGUCGGACUUGGGCGGCUUACCGCUCGCCGACCUCGCACCGCUACCGCCCAUUCUGCCGCCGCUGCCGCCCUCGCUGGGCUCAGAGGCAAACACGACAGAACAGGCUGGUGGCGAUGAAGGUACACUCGUUGACUCGACUCAUGUCUCGUCGUUUGGCCAUCUGCCCUCGUGGGGUUCGCGGGUCUCGCUCAGGUUUGCCACCCGCGCCCGCGAUGACGACGACGAGCUGCGCCCGCGCGGACCGCCGUACUUUGUCCACCCGAGCAAAGUCUUCUGGCUCCUUGUGGCCUAUCUUCAGCUGUUUGUUCUCUCCACCUCGGUCUCGUCGCCGCUCACCUCGGGUGUCCGCGGCAUCGGCGCAGCUCUCGGCUCGGUCGUCCUGCUCCUCGCUCCAUGGCCGUUUUCCGACUCACCCACGGUGAUGGGCGGCGAGCCGACAGGUUGGUCGGUCUUGCUCUCAACAGCACCGCUUGACGUUGACUUGGCUAGCGCGCCGCUGGCUGGGCUUGUCACCGGCGUCUUGGUCUGCGGGCUAGCUGCAGGCUGCGCUGGGGCGAUCUGGCUGGCAACCGGCCGCGGCUCGCUGGUCUCUGCUGGCGGGCACCAUUUGCGGGCGCUCGUUUGGUGGGUCUGCGUCGGGCUUGUCGGCCCUAGCGUUGCCGCUCUCGCCUCUGGCCGUGGCACUCUACUGGAGAUUGCGGCGGCGUGGGUCUGCCUCUGCUGGCUGGUAGCUGUCGUGCUUCUCCAGUCGGGCGUUGUGCUUGUCCUCCCGCAACGAUUCACCAACGGCUACCUGCUUGCACACUGCAAGACAUGGGCAACACUCCGGGUUGACCUCGACGUGCUCAACACCGAGUCGCUCUACUUUGCCAAGCUCUUCAUGUACAUCUGGCUCGCCUUUGAGGUGGCAUUCAUGGCAGUGCUUGUAGUCAAGCGGCCGUACCGGUCUACGCUCUUCCUGCACAUGAACCUAUGGAUCGGCGUUGCAACGGCGCUCCAGCUCUGCAUCGCCAUCCCGUUGGCGAACUCGUCGACUGCCGUCGGCGCCGAGCCGCCAAUCCGGCAUAUCCUUGUGGCCUGGCUCUCAGUGGCGAUUCUGGCGCUGACGUCAUCUUGCUUGCUAGGCUACAUGCUGUCGUCCAGCGUGGCACUUGCUUUGGAGCGCAAGACAGCCGUGCUUGCCAACGACGAACCGCUGUUCUGGGCUGCUGCCGGCUCGGGCGAGACCAAGAUUCUGCUACAGGCUGCCAAGUUGACAGCCGCUCGUGCCGCGGCUGCGUCUAAGGCUCGCAAGGCUGCUGGUGCCGAGGUAUUUUCUUUUGACAAACUGGAGGGCCUGGUCGGUGCCCACGAUGGGGUCCGUGACGGGCUCCGCGAGUUGGCAAUGGCUCUGCAGGUCAAUGACUCGGACGGCGUGAGUGCAGGGGCAGCCAAGGCGCUUGCCGAUGCCAAGGCUCUCGACGCGUCGCUGGCCCAAGCCGAGUCUGCGCUCCGCGAGCCGUUCUCAUCGCAGCUUGCAGAGCGGCGGGCGCAGCUGGCGCGGGCGGUUGAGAGUCUUCAGCACGCCCUGGCCGAGUAUCUGGCGGCACCUGAGUCGGAAGAGGCGCGCGCCAAGCUGGGCGACGCCUGCACGCUUGUGACGAGCAUGGUCAACGCGGCCAUGGAUGCAGCCUCGGCAGGGCUCUUCACCUCGUUGCUCGAGGAGGACCUGCCAGCGGCGACGCAGGAUGCCAACGUCCAGCUGCACAACGCAAUUAUUUCUGCGACGACGGCGACCGACGCCGGCGACAUGGCCAGUCUCGCCCGCAACGUGGCCGAGGUUGUGGAGGCAACGUCGACGCUGGUUGAGGCGGUGUCGUCAGCGCUCAACACCGGCGAGCUUGGCGCCGCCACACGGUCGCAGCUGGUAGCUGUCCGCUCCAAGCUCAUUGCCGCACGCGAUGCUGUCUCACAAGCGUUUAACGUCUAUGCCGCCAACCCCGAUUCGGAGAGAGACCGCGACGCCAUGCUCGCUGCGCUACAGGCCGCAGAGCGUGUGCGGGCGCUGGCGGUGAUGGAUCUCUCAGCGGCGGCACAGGCUGCACAGGCUGGAAACACCACCAUCGACCGCGGUGGGCUCAUCUUUGGCAGCCAGUCACAGGUUGGUCUGGCCGAGGCGGGCACGCCGCGGGCGUUGCCGGCGGCAGCGGGCUCGUCGGCCGCGCUGGCUCUGACGUCACCGCUUCUGGACGCGGCGUCGACGCUAGUGCUCCGAGCGCAUGAGCUGCUCUCGGCAAACGUCAACGAGUAUGCACCAACGCUGGAGCAGGGCAAGGCGCUACUGGGCGCGGCGCGGAUGUUUUUGGCUGCUAUGGCGCGCCUGGCCGGCGAGACGCCUGUAGACAAGCACCGGGCCGAGUUGGCCAGCCUGCAUCGCCAGCUUGAAGGCGUGCUCGACAAGUUUGGCAAGUGGCUGGUGGCAUAUGAAGCCGAUCCAGUCGACGCCACUGUCCGAGCUGAGCUCGUGCCGCGAGCGGCGGCGAUUAUCGCUUGCUCGUACUCGGCGCGGCAGUUGUGCCAGAGCGUGACGCUCGCCCUGCUUGGCCACGACGUCUCGGUGUGCGCUAUGGCGCUCGACACCGCCAUCCACAACGUGUCUGGCGCCCUUUCGGGCGCUGUGUCGAGCGCGUCCUCCGACGCCGCACCGGGAUCGUUGGCCUUUGGCACCCCUGCAGACGUGCUCGGGCUCAACGCGCUAUGUGUUGAUCUUGUGGCACAGGCCGAGGACUUUGACAGCCACGCGCAGGAGCUUGAGCGCGCGCUCCCCAACCCUGCACUGCUGCAGGUGGUGUACCAGGCGCGCGCGUCGUUCAUGUCGGCGUUUGUGGCGGUCGCUACUGGGCUUGACCAACUGCGACGCGAGGUCGGCGAGGGCUCGGCGUCGGCGGCGCCGAUUGUGACUGUGGUCUCGCCGCGCGACGGCUCUCCGGUUGCUUCGCUAACUCGAAACCUGUACGAGCUCCAACUCGCCCGCGACCGGCUUUUGCUCAGCCUCUCCGACGUCUACCGACCGGUCCUUGACACUGGCUUCUCGCUUGCCGACGCCGAGCUCACCGACUCGCUGACGUUGCUGCGGCAGGCGCUUGCGCCGAUGCUCCCGGUCUCGAUGUCUGGCGGUGGCAAGCCGAGCAGAGCUGCGGCCAGUCAGGGCGACCAGGGGCAGAGCGGCGAGUCGACAGAGUCGGCGGUAUCGCUAGCGCGGCCGACGUUUGUGGCGGUGGCACGGCUUCGUGGCGUGACCCGCAACCUGCAGUCGACAACCAACGACGAGGUCAUUGUGGGCCAGCUCGACGCCGGACGGCGCGAGCUCGAGUUCUCGACCGACACACUUGGUGGGGUUCUGGAGCGGACUCCUGCGCCGCCGCUCACUGGUGUCGACGCGUCGACCAUUCUGAGCGACCGCGAUCAGCGCGACGUGACGGCUGCCCUCGACGGGGUGGCUGCAGCGCGGGUGGCGCUCUUUGCCAUCGGUUUCAAGGUCGAGGCGUCGUAUCUGGCGGCCGAAGCCGAGGCGCGGGCCAAGUCGCUUCAGAGUGCACUCGCUGCUGCUACCGACGUCUCGCUCACGGAUGUGGAGGCGUUUGUGGUGGCCGAGCAGUCAGUGGAGGAGGCGAACGAGCUGUUCUCCGACGCACUGCAGAGCCUUGCCCAUCGGCGGACCGACUCGAGCAUGCGCGAGGUGCUGGCUGCGGCUGAGCUUGUUGACGACGGCGUUGCCGAGCUCCACGAGCUGAGAGUGAGAUACUGCAACGACCCGGUGCUUGGCGAGCACGAGCUGAGCGAGCCACUGCGACAGCUGCUGGUACGGAUCGAGGGCGAUGUCGAGCUGCUGCUGAGCAAGGUGGUGGCGUACAACGACGAGGCGCUGCGGCAGCUGGCGGAGCUGCUGGAGGCGACAUCGGGCCAAUCCGUCUCGCUCAACGCUUCGUUUGCGCGGGCCAACUUUGCAGAUGUGCGCAAGACGGUGGCACUUUCGCAGGACUUGUUGCGAACCAUCAAGGUGUUGGAGAGCAUGCUGCAGUCUGCGCUGUCGUCGCUCGCGCUCCCUGCGCUACGGGAUGUGCUGAACGGGCUUGCCAACGAGGUCGCCUUUACCAAGGCCUCGAUCAACCAAGGGGUGGCGGCGUACGAAGCCAACCCGACCGACUCGGGGGCACGGGCGACGCUGCGUGCGGCGCAGGCCUCGCUCUCGGGUAUCCGGCGGUCAGUGCUGGAGGUGACCGCUGUAGCCGCGGUUUUGGUUGACCUGACUCGUGAGACCGGGACGGCGUCCAAGCUGGCAUCGUCGUUGGACUCUGCGCCGCGGCGCAAGUUCUUCUCGGCAGUUGUUGGGGUGGGCAAGGUCUCUGUCGACCACAUCGAGAUCGCGGGCAUCAUGGGCUUUUCGUCAAAGCGGCUGGCGUUGGCGUCACCGACGCUGCGUGCGUCCUCGGGUGCGUCACCGCGUUCUGUGGUCAAGACGACCGCGUCAGCCAUUUCGCGGCUGCGAAGCACGGCCCGUGGCGUGGCCAAGUCGGACACGUACUCGGCUGAGGACCAGGACCUUGUCGAGGCGGCUAAAGCGCUGUCGUCGGCCAUGCGUGGGCUCACAGGUGCAUACAAGGCCUUCACUACUGCUGUGGAUGCCAAGUACAACGGGCCCACCACCGGACGGCCUGCGACGACCAGCCGCUCCGGCGAGACUGCUGCCGCCGGUUCGGGUGACGAGCAGGUGACAGAUGCGCUUACGAUGUCGACACAGAAGCUCAUUGAUGCCGGGCUGGCAAUGGUCGAGGCAAUGAGCGGCGUGACGGCGAUGCACGCCGGUGACUCGGCGGGCUCGGCCACGAUUGCGGCGCUGAUGGUGUCGCAGCAGCCAGUACUGGCGCCCAAGGCGGCCGAGACGCGGACGCUUCUGGAGCGGGUGGUGGUGCAUGUCCGCAAAUGUGCAGAGCUUGCGAAGCGGCUGCGGAAGAGCAACCAGGUCGAGUCGUUCAAGGCGUGGGCCGCAGUUGCCGGCAGGUACAACCUCAAGUUUUUCAGGGAGUACGGGAGCAAGUGUGCUAGCGGACUCCGUGAGGCUGCCAGCAACCUGGAGGGUGUACUGGCGUCGUCUGGCAAACCGCCGCUCAUCGGCGGAGUGGUGAAGCGGCUCCUGAACGCGCUGGGCGCACUGGGCGCGGCUGCUGUUGAUGCGCACUACUUUGUGGCGCAAGCCGGUGUGGUGGUCGACAUGGCGCAUCUGGGCGUUGUGGCAUCGUCGUCUCGGUACCUUGAGGGUGUGUCGCAAGCACGGUCGGCGCUGUUUGAGGGAGUGGCCACCGCGGCAAAGAAAACGGCGUCGACGGUGAUGCUUGCACCGUCGUCAACGGUGACGGCAGCCGAGGCCAAGUCGCUGGGUGCCGACGUUGCGCGAGCACGAUCGCAGCUGUCGCUGGCAAUGCGGACGCUGACAAGGAUCCUGACGUCGGCAAAUGAGCGGGCGAGUGUCGAGGCGCAUGCGUCGCGGGCAUCGGCGGGCCUGCGUGACCUUGCCAACGAGGCUGUCAAGCACGGCAACAACCUCCGCACGCUCCGAGCCCUACCGUUUGGCAACUUGCCGGCAUCAUUGGAAGCGGAUGCGUCGCCGCUGGCGGUGGGCCUUGCCGAGAAUGAGUCUGCCCUCGGUGAAGCAUCGCGGCGUGCGACAGCCGAGGUAACGCGGCUGCUGCAGGACCAGCGCGAGGUGGUGCAGCGUGCGGCGAACGAGGGCGUGCAUUCGAUUGACGGGCGAAGCGGCGCACUUGACGAGGGCCUCUCGCCGCGAACCGCGCUGGGUGCGGCAUUUGCCGAAAUGAGGUCUGCUGGCGGGUCAAACGACAUGUCGUCGCUGGCCGAGCUGCUGUACGAGGGUCUUGUGGAGGGCGAGAUGGAGCUGAGCGAGGCGUUGGAGCGGAUGAGCGACUUUGACAACAUGCAUGCGGUGGCACUUGCAGGCGUUGACGCGAUGGACGCCACAAGCUCGGUGCUCAACGUCAUGCGGCGGCUGGUGCUCUUUGCCUUUGAUCCGAUGGUGCUCGACGACCUCGGCGAUGCACAGAGCUCGCUCGACACUGCGUUUGCAGCGUUUUCGAGUUCGCUUGCAGCUGUUCGCGAGUCGCCAAACGACCGAUCACUCAUUCCAAAGCUUCGGCGGACGAUGAACGGGUUGGCCGACGCCAAGGACGUCGUGAUGAUGGUGGCGUCGCUGCCGGCCAACAUUGCCGACAUUGUGCGCGGAUCUGCUCUCGCGUCGGCGCUAGCGGGCGGGGCGCUCUUGACCGAGGCAAAGCGGUCGGUGUUUGUCACGCUUGCGGAGCUGGCCAAUGGCAUAUCGCAUCUGCUGCGGUCGCUGGACGCGCCGAACGAGCGGUUCACAAACCGGGCACGGCGGCUUCUUGCGCUCAACGACAACCUGCUGGUGCGGGUCCAAGCAGUGGACGCCGAGGAGCACGCGUUGCUCGAGGCACGGCGAAAGCGGCGCGAACACGCGCUACAGGUGGCGGCGGACGCCGGGUUUGACAAAGACUUGUCGGGCGUGACGGCCCACGCAAGCGCUGGCGAGUUGAUGAGCGAGUCAAUGGUGGAAAUGGCCGCGGCCGAGCUAGGGACCGACGAGGCGAGCGGUCAUCGGCUGCUUGCCCCGCUGAUUGUUUCGGUGUUUGAACACGCACGGGCUGUGGUGGUCGAGGCGCAGGCGGCGCAGGCGGCAUCGAGCGAUGCGGACGACGCGUUUGAUGUGCUCAACCAGCACGGGUACAACUUUACUCGUGCGAUUCGGACGAUGGCGUCAUUGACGACAGCCACAGGACCGACAGCUGGCUCGGAUGCUGAGUCGCGGACGAUGGCGCGAGCGCUGGCGGAUGCGUACCGGCGGAUCGAGGCGGCACUCCCGCGGCUUCGCGCCGACGGCAAGGCAACGACUGAGACCAAGACUGCGGCGUACGACUGUCUGGAUGCGCUUCGGAGCGUGCGGCACAUUGUUGGUGAGCUCACCGAGUCGACGGAGAACGGGGUGUUGGCAACACGGUUGGCUGGCUCACUCGGGGACAUUGACUCGGCGACGCGACAAGUUGAGCUUGCGGUGAAGAAUGCACAGUAUGCGCCAUCGUCGCGUAAGGUUCACUCGCUGCUGGAUCUUGCGGCCGACGCUGCAUGCGAUGCAGCUGAUGCGGCGAUUCCGCUGGGUGUUUGCGCCGCGGCGCACGCCGAGAUGGAGCUAGCCAUUCUCUCUCUGACCGAGGCGGCGUCGGCGGCGACGUCGCGGCCGCUGGCAGGCUUCCUCGAGGAGGUUCGCGCGCUGGCCAAGUGCGGCGCAGGCCUGAUGGUGUCGGCGACGAGCGGAAUCGAAGGCACGCUUGGCAACGAGCUGCGGCGGCUGGAUGAGGGCUUGGCACGGCUGGACGAGUAUCAAGUGGCGCUUGAGCGCGAUCGUGUAGCUCGGCAAGAGGCCGAACAGGCGUCUGCGCUCUCGCGGCAUGUGCAUGCCGCUGUGGGUGAGCUCAUUCGCGUGGCCCAUGGGGUAGUCGCGGCGCCACGAGAGUUGGAUGUGGCGCUUGCGCUGGAGAGCCAGGUGGUGCGGUUUGUGGGCGAGGUUGACUCUGUGGUGCACGUGACGUCGGAAUGGGACGACGCGGCGGGCUCCCGGUCUGUGGUGGGUGUGGGUGUGGGUGGCGGCGGGCGGCAUGCGGCGGUGCCGGGCUCGCGGAUCAACACAGGCGGACAGGCGAGCGGGCGUGACGGCGGUGACGACGAUGAUUUCGAGGUGCUCGCGUGGCCGGACGAGGUCGCCAAGGAGCUCUCGGAUCUGCUGGACGACCUCGAGGUCGGGUGUGAGCAGAUCUUGCACGGAGUCCGCAGCCGGCAGCCUGCAAGGGCGCGGGCUGGGUGCGGAGGCGUGGAGGAGACCGGAACAGAGCUGGAGUCACUUCUGCACUCGAUGGAGGAGCUGGCUGACGACAUUGUGGUCAAGGACCGGCUGUUUAUGGCGCGCAAACGAACGGCGGACGGGCUUGACCGGCUGGCACUUGCGCGCAAGUACUAUGCGCAGCAGGUGGAUAGCCAGUCGCGGCGGCGGCUGUUUGACGCAGCCAAGUCGAUGCUGCUUGCGCGGCGGUACGCGCUAGAGGCGACGUCGCGCAAGCCGCGGCUCCGGCUGCCAGCAAAGUACAACGUGGGACGACAGGACGGACGGGCAGGACGGUCGUCUCGGAAACGUCGGCGACUUCCGGCCCCGCCUCGGUCAGUUGGCCCGACAGCGAGUGCUGGGCUGCGUCCGUACUCGCCGUGGGAGUCCUCGCGUGAACAGUCGCGAGCGCGGAGGACGAGCCCUCGGCGGGUGCGACAGCCUGCGCAACUCGGGGAGAGCGAGGCUGUACGCGAGGCGCGCGAGACACUCGAGAAGUACGAGCAGCGCAUCAAGGAGGAGCGCGCGGCUGCGCGUGCGACAAGGAAACGGCUACGGGAGAGCCGGGCGACCGGUGUGUGCAGUAGUGAGAGCGAGAGCGGCAGCAGCGACGUGUACGUGCAGCACAACGGCGAGCAGGACCGGGUUGGACGAAGCGUUGGUCGCGAGCGGCAGCGGCAGGGUACCGGCCGGCGACGCGGCGAGCGGCGGGUCUCCUGGCAGCGCGGGCAGCCGAAGAGUGGCCGUGGCAAGCUGCUGGCAGAUCUGGAAGCGCUGCCGCCGAUUGCGCAGCGACCCGAGGGCCCGGGAGCGCUUGAUGAGUCAACUGGGCUGCGCAGUCUGCGGAUGGCGUCAGUUUCUGUGGGCACGCUACACAAGCUGAAGGACUUUAGGGAUGUGUUUACCGAGGUGACGACGGAGUUGUUCCUCGGCGGAGUCGGGUGCGCACAGGAUGAAGAGCUGCUCCGCAAACACUCGAUCAGCCACAUUAUCAACUUUGUGUACAAGCGAAUUUCGCUGCAGAACACGCCGUCGGAAGACAUCUACUCGCUGCUGUACGACGUGGUGGAAUUUAUCCAGGACGCAGUGGAGAGCGGCGGGCGAGUGUUUGUGCACUGCAUGCAGGGCUCGUCGCGAUCGGCAUCGCUGGUGCUGGCGUACCUGAUGUGGCGCGACGCACUGUCGUACGACGACGCAUAUCGGUAUGUGCGUUAUCUGCGGGCAGUGUGCUCGCCGAAUCCCGGGUUCGAGGCGCAGCUGCGCGAGUGGGCGAACCACAUGCUGAUGGGCGGCGAGCGCGGUGGGGUGCAGCUUGCGGCGCACGAGCGCAACCGACUUGUGAUUGUGGGCAAGGUGGUGAAGCACGAGCUGAUGCGGUCGUCGAUGGGGCCGCGCAACUGCUUUGUCCUUGUGGCACCCGAGGCCGGCGUGGUGUUCCUCUGGCUCGGACUGCGCGUACCGGACCGGUACGUCCGCAAGGCGCACCAUGUUGUGGCGCAGCUGCAACACUACGAGGGCGCGCCGGCUCGAGUCGUCGAGGUCGAGCAGGGCGAUGAGAGUCCAGAGUUCUGGGAGGCUUUGAUGGCGAACCAAGAGUCGUAUGCUGUGUAA